AUGGGACUCCAAGGCACCAUUUCCCCCCAUGUUGGCAACCUCUCCUUCUUAGUCUCACUUGAUCCGCGAAAUAACAGCUUCAUUGAGUUGCUGCCACAUGAAAUCAGUCUUCUACCUCGCUUGAGGAUACUGGUACUUCAAGAUAACAAGCUGGAAGGAAAUAUCCCUCCAACUAUACAUCAAUGCCAACAGCUUGAAAACAUAUCCCUUGCAGCAAACAGGCUGAACGGUCUUAUACCUAAAGAGUUGGGUCUCUUGCCCAGACUCCAGCAAUUAUACCUUGGGAAAAACAGUAUCAUGUCUGGUGAGAUUCCAUCAUCUUUGGGAAACAUUUCAACACUAAAAAGAUUGAGUUUGGACCAAUGUGGCCUCACAGGUUCCUUCCCCUCUGCGCUGAUAAAUCUAUCUUCUCUAGUUGCUAUUUCUCUAUAUGACAACAACAUUUCAGGAUUUCUUCCCAUUGAUAUUUGUGAUAACCAUUGGUCAAAUGUUCAAAUCCUUUCUGUUUCUUAUAACAAAUUCAGUGGUCUAAUCCCAUCACGGAUACAUCGAUGUGCGCAGCUUGUGACUUUAUCUUUGUCAUACAAUAGUCUUGUUAGGGGAGAGAUUCCUUCUGGGGGGCUUUUUGCCAACCUCACUGCCAAGUCAUUUUUAGCCAACAAAGGCUGUUGUGGUAGACCAGAUUUUGGAGUCCCACCAUGUUCAAGCCAUAACACUCAGAAAUCAAAGACACCACUGAACAGGCUCACGUAUAUUCUUCCGGUCAUUGCAUCAACCAUAAUCCUCCCAGCUGUCAUUUACAUGUUGGCGAAGAAUCAAAAAAGAAAUGCAGAGAUUCCAAGUUCAGAUACAAAUUUAAUGGCUGAAGAGCAUGGAUUUAUAUCAUACAAUGAUCUCUGUCGUGCUACGAAUGACUUCUGUGAAAGCAACUCACUUGGAGUUGGAGGUUUUGGUUCAGUGUACAAAGGGAUACUAUUUGAUGGCACAACUGUUGCUAUUAAAGUUCUAAAUUUGCAAAGAGAGGGGACCUAUAAAAGUUUUGAUACAGAAUGCAAGCCUAGAGAAGUGGUUAUACUGCACAACUACUAUCUAAAUCUUCUACAAAGUGUUAACAUUUUGGUUGAUAUUUCAUCUGCUUUGGAGUAUCUCCAUCACGGUCAACUAGAAGUUGUUGUGCACUGUGAUUUAAAGCCUAGCAACAUUCUUCUCGAUGAUGACAUGGUUGGACAUGUUGCAGAUUUCGAUAUUGCAAAAUAUUUAGCAGAAAACCAGGACAACACACAAACCAAAACUCUGGGUACAAUUGGGUAUGUUGCACCAGAGUACGGUUUGGAAGGAAAAGUGUCUGCCAGAGGUGAUGUUUAUAGCUUUGGAAUCAUGAUGUUGGAGAUUUUUUGA